AUGGACAACCCCGAACCAUCUCUGAGAGAACUGUUCAACGAGGCAAAGGCUCGUCAGAACGAGUUGGAUGUUCUCGACCCUCGAGAGGCAACUUUCAAGGAGGCCUUGCAGACGAUCAUAGACAACCUCCAACAAUGUCGACAGCUCAUUCGAAAACUCUCACUCUUCAGUACGAACGAGGAAGUGGAGGAUAUCACAACACAAGAUCUGCAAUACUUCACUGUGGACUACUUAUUAGCGGAGAUGAAAGUCAAGUUCUAUGGAAAUGAUAGAGAGGCCUCCUUACGAGAAGCAUCCGACUUGUUUGAAAGCUUCUUGAGCCGGUUGGAUCACUACGGCCUCCUUAGUCCGCCGGAUAGGCAGCUUUACGAACGAUUUCUUGAACAGCGGGGUUCGUUUAGGUUAAUCUCCUCGAGCAAUCCUGAAGAGAGACGGAAAAUCAAGAUAGGGCGGUUUCAAGAAGAGAAGUCCCUCAAUCAAAAACUCGAGUACCUAAGAAAUGAGUCACGCAAGUCGAAUGUCGAUGAUGAAACCAUUCGAAACCUCUAUCUGGCAGAAAUUGCACUUUGUGUUACCAAGACAUUUUCCUCAUUGGACAUGAUCACCCAAGAACUAGAGAUUUUAUCCCAGAUCAGGCAGGCUGAACCAGUCACACGAGAACCACCACAAAAUGACCACAGAGAGCGGAUUAGAGACGAUGGCUUCUCGGAGCGGCUUGAUGGCCAACUGACUAUGUCCGGUCUGGGGAAACGAGGAGGGCCAUUGCUCGAUCCCAAAGGCAAACCACUUCAGCCAUUCACCCUGACAGACAAGCGUACUCAACUGCGACAGGGCGUGUUCAGGCCCGGCCAUAACCUCCCUACCAUGAGUAUCGACGACUACCUUGAAGAAGAGCGACGGAGAGGAGGCAUAAUUGAAGGAGGCGGUAAUGCGGAUGCACCCCAGCCAGAACCAGAUGAAGACAAUAUGGAGCAAGCCGACGCUGCCACGAUGAAGGCACGUGAAUGGGAUGAGUUCGUUGAGGCGAAUCCGAAGGGUGCCGGGAAUACGAUCAACCGCGGCUGA